CUACUUUAAAUCGAAAUGACAAAUCAACGCAAAGUGCGCAAGGAUUGCUAUGAGAGCAGAUUACAUGAUAUAGCUAAAACGUGUGCCAUGAAGGAGAAAAGCAAAAAUGCUGCACGCACGCGUCGUGAAAAGGAAAACACCGAAUUCUGUGAAUUGGCCAAAUUAUUGCCGUUGCCAGCGGCGAUUACGUCACAACUGGACAAGGCAUCCGUCAUCCGUUUGACCACAUCCUAUUUGAAAAUGCGCCAAGUCUUUCCCGAUGGAUUGGGCGAAGCUUGGGGCUCAUCGCCGGCCAUGCAGCGUGGCGCAACCAUCAAGGAGUUGGGCUCACAUUUGCUGCAGACACUGGACGGCUUCAUCUUCGUGGUGGCGCCGGAUGGCAAAAUCAUGUACAUCUCAGAGACGGCCUCGGUGCAUUUGGGACUCAGUCAGGUCGAGCUGACAGGGAAUUCCAUAUUCGAGUAUAUUCACAGCUACGAUCAGGAUGAAAUGAAUGCCAUUCUAUCACUGCACCCGCACAUGCAUCAGCAUCCACUUGCCCAGACGCACACGCCCAUUGGCAGUCCGAAUGGCGUGCAGCAUCCGUCGGCAUAUGGCCAUGAUCGUGGAUCGCACACGAUCGAGAUCGAGAAGACGUUCUUCCUGCGCAUGAAAUGUGUGUUAGCCAAGCGCAAUGCUGGCCUCACAACCUCUGGCUUUAAGGUGAUACAUUGCUCUGGCUAUUUGAAAGCGCGCAUUUAUCCAGACUGCGGCGAUGGUCAGGGCAGUCUGAUACAGAAUCUCGGCCUGGUUGCCGUCGGUCACUCGCUGCCUUCAUCUGCCAUCACGGAAAUCAAACUUCAUCAGAACAUGUUCAUGUUCCGUGCCAAGCUCGAUAUGAAGCUGAUCUUCUUUGACGCACGCGUAUCGCAGCUAACCGGCUACGAGCCACAGGACCUCAUCGAGAAGACGCUUUAUCAGUACAUCCAUGCCGCGGACAUUGUCGCCAUGCGCUGCUCCCAUCAAAUCCUGCUGUACAAAGGACAAGUUACCACCAAAUAUUAUCGCUUCCUCACCAAAGGCGGCGGCUGGGUCUGGGUGCAAUCCUAUGCCACGCUGGUGCACAAUUCGCGUAGCUCUCGCGAGGUUUUCAUCGUCAGCGUCAACUAUGUGCUCAGCGAACGAGAGGUUAAAGACUUGGUCCUCAACGAGAUUCAAACGGGCGUCGUCAAACGUGAACCCAUCUCACCUGCUGCCCAAGCAGCGGCCGUUGCUGCUGCUGCUGCUUCGGCAUCUGCUGCUGCUGCUGCGGCGGCUGCCACAUGCGUGCCACAACAGCAGCCGCAACAGCAACAGUUGCCCGCCUCUAGCACGCCGGCCUUAAGUGUUAGUCCCAAGCUGGAUCCUUACUUUGAGCCCGAGUUGCCGCUGUCGGUGCAGCCGCAGCCACCGAAUGCAGUUACGCCGGUGCCCAACAACAACAAUAACAACAACAGCAAUCCUGGCGUGUGGCAUCAUCAGCAGCAUCUGCAUCAGCAGCAAGCGGCCAGCAUGGAUCACGACAGCCUCAACUACACACAGCUUUAUCCGCCGCUCAACGAUCUGGUGGUGAGUUCGAGCAGCAGUGCGGGCGGAGGCACUGCAUCCAGCGCUGGCGGCGGAUCAAGUGCAUCGGCCUCCUCGUCGGGUGUUUACUCGACGGAAAUGCAAUAUCCCGAUACCACAACGGGCACGCUCUACUACAACAACAACAAUAACAACAACAACAAUCACUAUUACUACGAUUACGAUGCCACGGUGGAUGUGGCCACGUCGAUGAUACGUCCGUUUUCGGCCAACUCGAACAGUUGUUCGAGCAGCUCGGAGAGCGAUCGUCAGCUGUCCACGGGCAAUGCGUCUAUUGUGAAUGGAACGUCGCCAUCGCAGACCACGUAUAGCGAUCUGAGUCACAACUUCGAGUUGAGCUACUUCUCGGACAAUAGUUCGCAGCAACAGCAGCAACAUCAGCAACACCAGCAUCAACAGCAGCAGCAGCAACAACAUCUGAUGGAGCAACAGCAUCUGCAACAUCGAUUGCAGCAACAGCAGCCUCAACAGCAGCAGCAGCAAUAUCAGCAACAGCAACAAUAUGCAAUGCAUCCGCAGCAGCAGCAACAACAACAACAGCAACAGCAGCAACAACGUGUUGUCAGCGACUUUGCCGAGAGCUUUAAGAAUGUGAAUGCGGCUGCUGUUGCAGUGGCAGCCACGCCCCAUUACACGAGUGUGAUCGUGGAGCCACAGCAUUAUAUACCCAACGAUUUUGUGCAUUAGCAGCAUUGUUCGAUAUACGCUCUGUUAUUUCUAAAACGUAAUGUUGUUGCAAUAUUAUUGAUCUAACACGUCUUGUGUGCAGUUGAAUCUCUCUGAGUUUUGUCAUUUCAUUAGUGUGGCUGAGCCACUGUCUCAAUUUUCUGUACAACUCAAAUCGCACACCUAUUUAUUAUCUAAUAUUAUUAUUACUAUUAUUCGACAUCAUUAUUUGUUUGAAAAAUGAAAAGAUAAGAAAAUAAUUGCAAAAAUAAUCAUUGUUAACAAUUUGCAUAUGCAAAAAACACACACAAAA